GAGGGAGACGGAAGUGCAGAACAGCACUCGUUUUUUACCAACCCGUCGUCCGUCCGCGUGUAGCCUGUCUGGCGGAGACGCGCUUCGGCGGGAAAAAAAAAGCGCUUCCUCGAGAGCCGGACGCACGCGCACGCGCGCGCUCGCGUUAGAGAAGGGCGGCCUCACGCGCUGCCUCUGCUGCUACCGCUUCUUCUUCUUGUUGUUCUUCUUCAGCGCACCCGGAUUUAACCCGUUUCUCUUGUGAGCAGGCAGCGAGCGAGCCGACUCUCCUCACACACACUAUUGGGAUAUUUUUUUUUUGUUUUUAAUGGAUACGAGCUUUUUUUUCCACGAUGGACGUGGUGAUAAAUAUCGUUUUCCGGUCACAUUGUCCUCGUAAAUCCGAGGAAUAAACCAAGGGGGAAAAGUCGUUUAACGGAAACUCUUCGGCUUCUUUUGUCCUUCUCACCGCACCAACUUUCUCUCUCCACUCGUGGUUACGUGGGCUAGCUAGAGUCAAUACGCCUGGAAAACACACACACACACACACUCUCUCUCGCGCACACACACAUAUGUACAGACAUACGGGAAGACACAGCGACGGAUUAAGAAUAAACAUAUAGCCUACUUUGUUGGAAUUUGUAGUGUGUUUGUGGAUUAUAACGCUGAGGAGGACCGACCGGAACGUCAUGUUCCUCUUUGUACUGUUUUGUCUGUGUGUUGGAUAUCAGUGAUGUUAACGAUACUACAACGAUACUACAAAGUCCAGACGAAAUCGGGUUUGGAGAUUUUACAAGAGGACGACUAAAGUUCCGUCCUGUUUCCUGGUAGCGAAAGAAGGCACGGGAACAUAUAAAGCAUCUCUGCACAUUAACUGUGCACGAGAACCUUCCAAGUAAAAGCUGUCAUAUAACAGUGUUUGCGCUUCUGGGAUCAGCAGGAUUGCACCAUGUUUUCUCCAACUGCAGCCCUGGCUCCUCCUCCACUCCUAACAGGAAACGCUCUAGCUGUGCCCGGUUCUUCUCCUGUGGGGCCCUACUCAGAGCAGGACCUGCUGCGCCAAGAGCUGAACUCGAGGUUCCUGGCCUCCCAGACUGUGGAUAGAGGAACUCCGUCAUAUCUUCGCACCGAGUUCCAUCAGCACCAGCACCAGCACACACACCAACACACACACCAGCACACCUUUACCCCUUUCCCUCAUCCGGCCAUCCUGCCAGGCCCUGUAGCACCCCUGGUGCGUACCACCACCAGACAUUUUGACAAAUACCCACCAAAGGUCGACUCCUUUCACAGGCACAACUUACUUCAGUCGUAUCCUUCAGUAAUGCCAGGAAUGUCUCCCAUGGUGCCCCCAACAGGGAUAUUCAGCUCUCUGCAGGGAGCCUUCCAGCCCAAGGCUUCCAACCCACUCGAUGUAGUUCCUGGACCAGGAGCAAUGCCUCGCCCACUCAUACAGAAGGAAUCCAGAUUGUUGGACUCUGCGUGUCCUACACCAAAGAAGCCAGGAAAGUGGUGUGCGAUGCAUGUGCACAUUGCAUGGCAGGUGUACCACCAUCAGCAGAAAAUAAAGAAGCAGAUGCAAAAUGAGCCACACAAGCUAGACUUUGGGGUGAAGCCAGAGUUCCUGAGUCGACCUUCUGGUUCAGGCCUCUUAGGAAUGAUCCAGCAGCCACGUGACUUACCCCGCCCUUCCACCAUCUUUUCCAGUGCUGGUCCCACACACCCCUCAGUCUCUCCUUAUGGAUACUUGCCACAUCCUCACACCAAUCUCCACACACCCCCCUCUCAUCAUGACCCUCUGAGUAAACCACCAGCGUUCGGAGGUUUGGGAAUACUGAGCUCCACAGCAUUCGGAGGGCUUGGAAACCCCACAAUAACACCAAGCUCUGCACAUGGCAGUAAAGACAGUAAAGCAGCUUCAUCUUCAGCAGGACCUCAGGAGCCCUGGAACAGGCUGCAGCAGACACCUUCCUCUUUCCCUACACCUCCUGCUUGGCCCCAGCCCCCUGAACUCGAAAGAGUAAUGGACAAGAGGGACUUUGUACUUAACAAAGAAGAGCAUGAAAGGGACACAAAAGAGAAGUUGAAUGUAAGACACCUGUCACCUGCUAACACAAGCCCACAGAGUCACAAGCAAACAGUACUGUCUUCUCGAGACACUCCCGAGCCAAAAGACAAGGACAAAGCCAGUGAACGAGUACAAUCACAAGAACCUCCCACUCAAAGUGCAGAGACGGAGGAUCAGCGGCAUAAGGAUAGUCAGCAAGAGAAGAAGGAGAAAACUGCUAAGGGGGACCAGCGUCCUAUAGAGAAGGCUACUUCCGAGGACACUUUGUCUCCACAGCAACAAAGGGUUCGUGUUGAAAGGCGCAGCAGUGACGGACCGCAGUGGGAGCCAGAUGCAAAGAGGAGUAGACUGGACGCUGAUCACACAAAGAGUGUCCAAGUUAAAGUAAAAGAGGAAAGGAGAGAGAUUCAGGACUCUCCCGAAAUCAAACCACCUUCUAAAGUCUUUGAGAAACCAGUGCAGGGACGAAGAACCCCAGGCAUGCAGCCUUUGCCCAUGUCAUCCAUUCCCAUGCCCUUAGGAAUGCCAGGAUUUCCACAUGGCCUGGAAAGGACUCGGUUAAUGACCCCCCUUGUUGGGAUGAGCCCAUUGUCUGGUGCUGAGCGAUUUCAGUACUCUCCCCAGCACUGGGAUCCAAUUCGGAGUAUGAGCCGUGGUCUGGACAUAUCUCAAAAAGACCCUGUUGCCAAGGAGCUGCUGCUGAGGGGCGACCCACUGCAGCGUGUUUACCCACGCGAGCCGCUCCUCCACCCGCUGGCGCUGGAACAGCAGCAGAGGUGCCAGCUGGAGGAGCGCCAUCGCCUGGCACUGCUGCGUGAAGAGAGCGAGAGGAGCCGUCUGCUGGCACUGCAUCACCAUGCCACCCUCGAGACCCAGCUGGCACAUCCCGGCCUCCUGCCCGCACCCUACGCCAGCCCGCUGUUCCCGCGCCUGGCACUGCCUCAUGCCGCACCCUAUGGCACUCUGGGCAAGGCUCUGCAUCCUGCAGGCUACAUCCAUGCCCCACCGCCCCCUCUGCUACAUGGAAUGCCCAUGCGGCCCCCUUCACCCAGACGGACUACGCCACUGGCGGACAGAAAUGUCGAGGCGCCAUGAGUGGGUCAAAAUGAGGGCCUUGCUGAGGCCAAGCCAAGCACUUCAUGUCAAAUACGUGAUAAAUAUGGAAAUGUACAGGGGCAAAAGCAUCUGGGCUGUUGCCUGGAUCUAGAUUAAGUCUAGAUUUUCGUUUAAUUGCAGUGUCAGUGGUGAUUCAGAGGUUUUUUUUUCUCCCCCCCCCAACUUCUGCUAUUCAAUUCAUUACCAGGAAACUGGCUCAUCAAUUUUUUUUUUGUGAAAAAAAUUAAAAAUAAUUUUAAGAAAGUCUUGUUUAUUUUUUGUUUGACUAAUAUUGACAAAAGUAAACAGACAAUUGUAACAUUUACAACAAAACUAAAGAAAAAUAAAUAAUAUUAUCGUCAGUGAA